AUGAGUCUCAGGUUUUCCAGAUUGGUUUCAACUGCUUCAAAAGGACUUGAAAAACAGAAAAUCAUAAUCAAUGAAAACAACAUUACAACUUAUGUUCAUGAAGUAGCUAAAAGAAAAGCUCAACCAUAUUUCAACAAAGCAAAUGAAUUCUCCAAGGCUAAACUACCUACUCCACCUACUAAAUGGGAAUUUCAAUCAGGUUGGUAUAAAUAUGAACCAGGUAAACCACCAAUUAAAGUCCCCUUCCCAGAAGAAGAUGCUAUUUCAUUUGAUGGUGAAGUUUUAUACAAGAUUUCUCGUUAUCCAACAUUGGCUACUGCUGUUUCUUCAAAAGCUUGGUAUGGAUGGGUUUCACCUUAUUUAGUUGGUGAAGAAUUGAAACCAACUACUUUAAUCCCAUUAAAUCCUGAGAAUAAAGAUAAAGUGAUUAUUGGUCAUUAUAAUCAUUUUGAUAGAGUUAUGGUUAAAGAUGAUUAUGAAGAGAUGUUGUUUAAAAACUCUAAAUCUUGUCAUAUUGACAUUGUUGGAUUACAUUACUUUUGUAACACAAAGAUUGGUAAGAAAACCCCCAGUACAUUGGAUAUAAUUCGUGGUCCAUUAUUUUAUAAAAACAAUUCCAAAUCAUUAAUGGGUAAAGAUAAUAAUAGAUUUCAUAUGCUUUCAAAACUUUAUACCAAUGUCACAAGAAAAAAGUUAGAUAAAGAAAUUAGAGAUUUAUUUGGAAAUACUGGGAAGGAAGAAGUUGUGAAACAUUUCCAAAAUGCAAUGAGUUAUUGUGCUAAAGAUGUGGAAGCUACACAUCGAGUAUUUUCAAAUCUUUGGAAAAAAUGUUUACCAAAUCCACAUUUCCACAAGUAUCUUUUAGGUAUUAAACUGCUAGGUAACCAUAAAAUGAUUGUAAAUAAAUCUAAAUGGGAUGAUUACAAUAAAUUAAAUGACGAUAAAAGUCGAAAACUACUGGAAGAUAUUAAUAAUAGGGUGUUAACCAUUGGAAAGGAAAACGGUUUCGCCAAUUUAACAUUAGAUUCACCUGAAAUUGUGAGUUUAUUAGGAAUCAAAUUUUUAGGGAAAUAUCCACUUGAAAGUUAUCAUUUGAAGAAUGGUACAAGAAACCGAAAUCUUACUUAUACAGUUGAACUUGAUGACUCAAUUCUCAAAGAUUAUCCACUGGUAAAAUCAAGUUCAAUAACUUUAAAAUCACAUGAUUUAUUCAUAAGAGAUUGUGAAUCUCAUCGCAAACAAUAUCAAACAGAUUAUAGAGAUCUUUGGAUUAAUGGUAUUCUCACGGUUAAACCCGAAUAUCAAAAUAUAAUUGAUGAUUAUUCAAAUUUAACCUCAUGGGAAUUUAACAAAUGUCAUGAUGCUUUCUUAAUUCAUCAAAACUCUCAACUAAAAGAUCUUUCAAUUUUUCUUCCAUGGAUUAUACCUUCAGUUUUUGAAAAUUCUGACCCAGUGGCCCAAGCAUCUCAUAAACUAAUUUUAGAAAACUUUAUUGAUAUUGGUAAAGGGAUUGAAGAUCAAUUAGUUGCACCUGAAGGUUAUAAAUUCAUUUCUUUGAGGAUUGAUCAUGAUCUUAUUAAAUCUUUAAUCAUGAAACAAGAAAAUCUUCAAAAUGUUAGUCCUUACAUAAUUAGAGAUGGUUUAAAAUCUUGUAAAGUUGGUUAUAUACAUAGGUUAUUGAUUCAUAUUGAUAAUUUGUUUGAAAAACAAGGAAUCAAAGAAUAUCAAUUGAUGUCAACUUUCAAAGAUCGUUUCAUAAUUUUGGUCAAAGAAGAUGAACAAGUAAAAGCUGAGAAUAUAUUGAAACAAGUUGAUGAACUAAUUAAAUUUGAAUUUGGUUCAAAUUUCAAUAAUGAAAAAAAAGUUAUUGUGAUGAUUCAGGAUGAAGACGUACUACAUACAAAGACAAUUUCUGAAUUUGAUAUGUAUAAAGAUUUGAAAUCAAUAGAUCCUGAGCAAAGAAAACUAUACUAG